AUGUCCAUGUCUGACACUCGAAUACUCAUGCGCGAGCAGCGCGACAUGCUCAAACAGUUUUUGCCUGGGUUUAAGCUUGUUUGCUCUGGGUCUGUGGAAGAGCAGAAUAUGUUUUGGGAGAAUGCGUUCACUCAGUGGUUCAUGGCUUGGCCCGAACAUGCAGUAUACUACCCUGGGGUACCGCAGGAGCAGGAGCUGUCCGACUUACAACAGGCGUCACUCAAAUUUGUGAUUCAAUGUCGUCAACGAAUGCCUCAGAAAUGGACAACCGACGAACAAGAGGAAUUUCUCAUCCCCUUGUAUGCAGAAUUUCGCGAGUGCACUGCAGAAAAGAGGACCGAGGAGUUCUGGACAAAAGUUAAAAUAAUGUGGUUCAAGAGAUGGCCAGAGCGAAAAGUUCUAUUUGGCGACUUACCAGUAGACUAUGUCCUUACGCCAGACCAAGUGGAAAAAUUGGCAGCUGCUGUGAAAAGUCGCGAACAGCAACUCACCACAUGGUACUGGUGGCAAAAAAAUCCUUUGUGUCUGGGCCAUACGAGUGGCGUCAAAGGAGUAUUGAAGUUUAACACCAUGUUAGCUGGUGGUAUAGAACUUAAGGGGACUCAUGCACCACACAAAAUGGACGUCUACUCACAUGAAUACUAUGAGGAGAAAGUCAAGGACACUGCGGACACCAAAAUCAGAGUCCAGAAUGUUACUGACCAUGGACCAAAGCUAAAUAAGCGCUGUGAGGUCACACAUCAUGUGUACUCUGAAGAAAGUGAAGAAGUCAAGGAUAAGAUCGAAAGGAAGUACCAAAAGGCAAAGGCAAAGCAUGCAAAAGCGCGCUUACGCCAGAAGUCUGGCAAGCUGCCAAAAAUUGACGACAAGACGAAGAUUAAAGCUAUCCAUGAGCUUUGUCUGAUGCUUGAUUGGAUCCUCAAGUACCUUGCAUAUGCCACGGGUGGGUGGAAGUUCUCGAUCCUGAUGGGAGGAAACGAUCCUAGUACAGGAGAGGUGUCUGUGUACAACUAUCAUGUUGGUGAGCUUGAGAGUGGGGCGCAGUUUGAUCAGACAUACGCCAAUUUUGAUGCAGUGCAGGCUGCAUUCCUAAUGUUUGUCAAAGAUGCUCUCGUGUUUGAGUCCACAGUGCCCCAAGGCUUGGAUGCUGAGGAAGGGGAUGAUUCAUUGUUAAGCUCAGACGAUGACUCCAAUGAGGAGCGAGUGAUGAGCACUAGUGGUGAUGCGCAAGGCAGGUGUCAUGUGGAAGCAGAUGUUUCAAUCAACACUACCAGCAUGUACCGGAUGACUCCUCAGUCUGAGUCAUCCAUUGGAAAUGACUUUGGCGCCGCAUCAAGUGAUGCAUCAUUGACAUCUGGUGUUCAGCUCACCAGUGAUUCGCACUUUACAUCAUUCAAUAACCACGAUUUAAGUGGCGCCAACCUCUCUGUGUUUGACUACAAUAUGUUUACCACUGUCAUCAAUGACCCAAGUUUCUACAUCCGGAUUUUGGACUUCCCACCUCUGAAUGCUUGCCAUGAUACUAGUGCUUAUGCCGGAGUCUUUCUCCCUCUGGUUCCUUCUGUGACUUCCUUCCCAAAUGUUGGAGGUUCUGGGACGCAGAACGAAGCACCGUAUCCUGAAGUCUUUCUCCCUCCCGUUCCUCCUGCGACUUCCUUCCCAAAUGUUGGAGGUUCUGGGACACAGAACGAAGCACUGACUUUGCUGGUCGAAGCCAGAACUAGGCCUCAUCGUGGAAGUAUAAAUCUCAAAAAUGACAUCAUCUUCUCAAGUAACGAGCGAAAGCCUACCAAAAAUGAAUGA